AUGUCGAAGAAACUCAUUUUCUUAAUGGGUGCACCCACUCUGAGAAACCUUCAGUGGGAUGAAGAGCAAUUGCUCACAGAGCCCAUCUUUCCUUUCAAGGGACCAAAUAUCCAUGACGAAGAGCCAUGGCGCCUGACCGAUGCUUACCCUGUUAAGUGGAGGCUUUUACAAGACUUGCGGACAUCUGAGUUACGACAAGGGAAGUUCGACACUUGCUCCCAGGAAAGGGUCUGCUUCCUAGCAACCCGCGACCUCGCGGUCCCUGGCGGGAAUUCGGCCAAUGAACCAGAGGGUUCAGUACUCUCACGGUUCUACGAGCACUCCUUCACCGUGCAUGAGGUUUCCGAGAUCUCGGCGACCGGGGUUCGCUCUGAUAACUCCUUUCAAGGUAGCGGCACCUGGGCCGAUAGUACUGAGAGUUCGAUCGCAACAGUGAGCGACAAAGAAGGGCCGAACCCAGGGAUUUUUUGCCAAACGUCUGUUACCAACCUCCAAGCUAUCCCUACGGCAGCAUACUUGACGUCGAUUGUGCCGCAGACCGUGAGUGUGAAUCUAGUCGUGUCAAUCAUUACCAUCAACCCUCCACGCCGUAUUGUGACACGGCAAUGGAAGAAAGAAUUAGACCUGGUCGAGGUCGUAGUGGGCGAUGACACCCGAAGCGGAUUUGGAGUAACCUUCUGGCUUCCUCCUGCGGAUCAAGCACAUGCUGCCAGUGAUCGCAACCCUAUCGAGGACGAACUUGGAAGGUCGUUGGCUACGCUGCGGCCUCGAGAUAUUGUUCUGAUGCGCACGGUAGGACUGAGUUCCUUCCGAGAACGGGUGUACGGGCAAAGUCUGCGGAAGGGAGUCACUAGAGUUGACCUUCUGCAUCGACAGCGGGUUGACGCAAACGACGCAGGCGGUGUUUACAGCACAAAGAGGCUACAAGAAUUCCAACGGCAGCAGCAGCAGCAGGGUCCUGCAGCCAAGAAGGAAGAGGAUCGGCUGGUAGAGAAAGUCAGCAAGGUGCGCGAGUGGAUCAGACGAUUCGCGCCGGAUGCAGUAAGCGGUGAGGAUGACAAGGGGCCCCUAACACGUGGUCUGGCUGGAACAGCUACCAGGCAUAACGCACUGCCUCCGGAUACGCAAGAGUAUAUUUAG